GCGGCGCCGGUGCCGGUCUCGGCGGGGAGCGCUGCCGGAGCCGCACGGGCGGCAGGUGCAGCCCGCUGAUGGGGCAGAGCUGGACCCACUCCAGGCUGGCACCAAACCUGGCACCAACCCUGCCCCGAGCAGCUCUGGCCCCCGAGCUCUGAGCACUGUGCCAGGGAGGAGCCCCCAUAACAGGGCCUUGGGGCUCACCCGGGCAGCUUCCAGCUGUCAGCGAGGAAGAAGCCUGCUUGGAAACCUGUUUGGAAAUAAAGGAGUAGAGCCUGCCCUCGGAUCUUAGAGGAAGCAGCUGGAAUUUGUUCUUCCCAAAGUCCUCUCCCACAGGGGAUCACCUACAUCUAACAUCACAGGCAGCAGCAUGAACCUGAAGAAGUACCUGGUGCGGGCGCUGCAUCGCCUGCAGAAGGGCCCUGGUUACACCUACAAGGAGCUGCUGGUCUGGUACUGCGACAACACCAACACCCACGGCCCCAAGCGCAUCAUCAAGGAGGGGCCAAAGAAGAAAUUAAUCUGGUUCUUCCUAACGUUGCUCUUUGCAUCCCUGGUGUUCUGGCAGUGGGGCAUCCUCAUCAACACCUACCUCUCCUACAAUGUCACCUCGUCUCUCUCCAUUGGCUUUAAGACCAUGAAGUUCCCUGCAGUCACCAUCUGCAAUGCCAACCCCUUCAAGUACUCGGAGGUGAAGCCCCUGCUGAAGGAGCUGGACAGGCUCAUUGAGGCGGCGCUGGAGAGGAUCCUGCAGCCCACACCAGGCAACAGCAGCGAGAACGUGUCCCUGCCACUCGACCUGGAGCUCUGGAACCAGAUCCCCCUGGUCCUCAUCGACGAGCACGACAAAGACAAUCCCAUCAUCCUGGACAUCUUUGAGACCAACCAGACUGCUGCAGGCAGCGAAACUGCCAUGGACAACAGAACCAGUGUGAGCAGUGACACUGCUGGGGGCCACCAGCUCUCUGGGGGCAACAAAACCAUGGACAACGAAACCACUGAGGGGAACCAAACCACUGCUGCACCUGCCCCAACCAACACCACGCCGGAAGAGAAGAAGUACAAGCUGGCAGUGAAGCUGUGCAGCCAUCAGGGCUCUGACAACUGCACGUACCGCAACUUCAGCAGCGCGGCGCAGGCGGUGACCGAGUGGUACAUCCUGCAGUCCACCUCCAUCCUCUCCAAGGUCCCGCUGCACGAGAAGAUCAGGAUGGGCUACCAGGCAGAGGACAUGAUCCUGGCCUGUCUCUACGGGGCUGAACCCUGCAACUACAAGAAUUUCACCCAAAUCUACCACCCAGACCAUGGUAACUGCUACAUCUUUAACUGGGGCAUGGAUGAAGAGGCUCUCAACUCUUCCAACCCCGGGGCUGAGUUCGGGCUGAAGCUGAUUCUGGACAUCAGCCAGCAGGACUACAUUCCCUACCUGUCCUCUGCUGCUGGGGCCAGGCUCAUGCUGCACCAACAGAAGAGCUUCCCCUUCCUCAAGGAUCAGGGCAUCUACGCCAUGGCUGGGACAGAAACCUCCAUUGGAGUGCUGGUGGAUGAGCUGGAGCGGAUGGGUUAUCCCUACAGCGACUGCACCGUGAACGGCUCCGACGUCCCGGUCAAAAACCUCUACAGCCAGUACAACACCUCCUACUCCAUUCAGGCCUGCCUGCGCUCCUGCUUCCAAACCCACAUGGUGGAGAUCUGUGGCUGUGGGCACUACAUGUUCCCUGUACCUGAAGGGGUGAAUUACUGCAAUAACGAGGACAACCCAGGCUGGGCAUAUUGCUAUUCCUCUCUGAGAUCCAGCAUAAAACAGCGUCAGAUCUGCAUUGACUCCUGUAAAGAAACCUGCAACGACACGCAGUACAAAAUGACCAUCUCCAUGGCGGACUGGCCAUCAGAAGCCUCUGAGGACUGGAUUUUCCAUAUUCUGUCUUAUGAAAGGGAUAUGUCAACAAAUGUGACUCUGGACAGGAAUGGGAUCAUCAAGCUGAACAUUUACUUCCAGGAGUACAACUACCGCACCAUCUCGGAGUCAGCUGCCACCACGAUCGUUUGGCUGCUGUCGAGCCUGGGAGGCCAGUUUGGGUUCUGGAUGGGGGGCUCGGUGCUGUGCCUCAUUGAGUUUGGGGAGAUCAUCAUCGACUCGCUCUGGAUCACCAUCAUCAACGUGAUCAGCUGGUGCAAAGGCCUGAAGCAGAGGCGGGCGCGGUACCCGGACGCGCCCCCGACGGUGUCGCAGCUGGUGGAGGCUCACACCAACCUGGGCUUCCAGCACGAGGCCGUGGGGGCCGUGCCCAGGGCCGAGGCGCUGCCCCCCGAGCCCGGCACGCCCCCGCCCAACUACGACUCCCUGCGCGUGCAGCCCCUGGCCACCCUCGGCCCCGACAGCGGCACGGACACCGAGUGACCACAGGGUCCUGGCAGCUCCUGCCGGCCACCGAGUGACCACAGGGUCCUGGCAGCUCCUGCCGGCCACCGAGUGACCACAGGGUCCUGUCAGCUCCUGCUGGCCACCGCUGGGCUGGGCACUUGCUGAGCAGCUGUCUAUCUGUCCAAAUUCAGAGGAAAGUAAAAGCCCAAGCUGUCCUGUCCUAUGACUGAUCUCUGGGAGGAAGCUCUGCCUAAUAAACCCUGCAAUAAACCUCACAGUCAGGCUUUGGCUUCAGUGUGGAGAGCUUGUGUACAUCAGUAUUGCUGUAAAAUCAUGUCACUGUUUCUCGUCACCAGGUGGGUGGGAAGCAAUUCCCAGUGAGCAGAGCAGGGUGGGGGCAGGGAGAGGAGAGGACAGGACAUCCUGACAGUGGAUGCAAGGCCGUGGCCUGGUAGAUCACAGAACCCUAGAAGAGUUUGUGUUGGAAGGGACCUUAAAGACUGUCUCAUCCCAUCCCCUUCUCCAGUGCUCUUGGCUGCAGAGAUGUGGCACGGCUGUGCCAUACCAUGGAGCAGAGCCUUGGGAUGGGACCAAAGCUACCUCUGACCUCUGAGUCUGCAGAAUUUCCAUUCCCAAACAACUACAAUGGAAACUGAGCUCUCCCUUCACUGCUGGAGCCCCUGGGGGCCCUGUUGUGCUGCUGCCCAGGGUUUGUACCACUCAUGGUGCAGAUGGACACAGCCACUGGUGUGUGCCAGGAACGCGACUCCACUGAGACUCGGGUGGGAGGAAGCACCAGCCUGUUUAAUUAUCAUUCUUGCAAUAAUAAAAAGUUGAUUUAAAA